UGACCGACCAAAAAAGCGUUUUGUUCGACGUGAUAUCCAUCCAUCCUUUGCUUCUACAGCCACAGGUUUGACGUUCAAGAGGGUCGGGGCGCGCUCAGUGGAACAAUAGACCCUGGGGAUUCUUAUAUCAUCACUACAGAAAGCAUUAACAGCAGUGACAAACGGACAAUGGCCUACACUCGUUGAGAAACCCUUCACCAUCUUCAACUCUUCGAAACAAUCUUUUGUCGGCCUCCCAUCAUCCUACCUGACCAGUUCACUCACUUGGAUCGAAACCUUCGUCUCCUGACCGACUCCCACUCACACCCAAAUGUCGCGGCGAUCCGUUUCCCGCCUCGCCACUCCCCUAACGCACGCCCUCUCCUCCCUGGCGCCGUGCACGACACCCUCCUUUCUAUUUCGAGGCGCAACGACCGCCACCACAACCCUCCGCCAUGCCGCUCCGCGCACGACGCAUAGCCGCCGCCCGUUCUUCACCCUUCCCGACCUCCCCUCCGCCCCUCCUCAGACCUUGACCGCCAGCCGCAUCCUCUCCUACCCGACCGCAGACCUCUACACCCUCAUAUCCGACGUCGACUCCUACUCCACCUUCGUCCCCUACUGCUCCCACUCACGCGUCACCCGCUGGACGACACCACCGCCGGGACAGUCGCCCGACGAUCCAAACUCCCGACCCUGUCCGGCGCAAGCUGACCUCCGCGUCGGCUGGGGCGGCUUCGAAGAGACCUUCACAAGCCGCCUGCGCUGCGUACCCGGUCAGAGCGUCGAAGCCGUCAGCGGAGCCGAGAUCGACGGGACGGGCGACCACCCCGGCGGCGCCGUCUUCAAGAGCCUCGUGACGCGGUGGACGGUGCAGCCACUCGAACACAACAUGACGGCAGCGGGGAACGAGGGCACCGCCGCUACCAAGGUCGACCUCGUCAUCCGCUUUCAGUUCGCCAAUCCGCUGUAUUCGGCCGUGAGCGCAGCCGUAUCUGACAAGGUGGCCGGCGUCAUGGUUGAGGCGUUCGAGAAGCGCGCGAGGUGGAUGCUUGGGGCGCCAAGAUCGUCCCUUACACUUAACGGGAAUAUUUGAAAGACGGCAGGAGGAUUGAAUUGGUCCUCAAAACUGACAACAAGACGAAAAUAGACACCGGUGCAGACAUAAACAGACAGACGACUGUGUUUAUACCGAAGCAACCCCGCACAAUUCUAGACCUUCGUACAUAAUGUAUAAGAGAAAAAUGUUAGGGAAACAAAGAAAAAAGGACAUGAAAAAUAAGACAUCUCAUAGACAACGCUUCCUAGCCAGAAAUAGCAGUCUCUUCCACGGUCCUCUCC